CUUCCUUCCCUUUAUUUACCCCACUCCGUCGUCUUCCGCCCUCGAGCAAUAACCAGUCGCCGCUGAUCGAUCGGGACGAUCCCCAUGGGCGAAGCGGAAGCGGCAUCGCUGGGCGGCGGCGGAGAGGAGGCGAUAAGCGCCGCCAAUUCCGCGGCGGAGGCAGCCGUCGUCCCUGACGUUAACAUGAAUCCUUUGAAGAGGCCAUCGGAAUCAUUUGGUCAAGAAGAUGAAGCAGACAGGCAUAACCGGCAGAAGAGAUGGUGCCAGGAUUUCACACCCAGAAGGUAUCAGAUUGAUGUUUAUGAGAUUGCGAAGUGUCGAAACACAAUUGCGAUGCUUGACACAGGAGCUGGGAAGACAAUGAUUGCUGUGAUGCUCAUCAAGCAUUUUGGGAAGAUCAGUAGAGCAAAUAAUGACCGAAAGCUCAUCAUAUUCCUUGCACCAACGGUUCAACUCGUCACACAGCAAUGCGAAGUGAUUAAGAGCUACACAGAUUUUGAGGUGGAGUGCUAUCACGGUUCAAAGGGGGUUGAUCAAUGGAAGGCUCAAAGCUGGCAAGAACAACUCUCAAAGUAUCAGGUCAUGGUCAUGACACCACAGGUGUUGCUACAUGCUUUUCGCCAAUCCUUCUUGAUCUUGGACAUGGUCAGGCUCAUGAUAUUUGAUGAAUGCCAUCAUGCAACUGGUAACCACCCUUAUACAAGGAUAAUGAAGGAGUUCUAUCACAGAUCUGAGCAUAAGCCAAAUGUGUUCGGUAUGACAGCAUCGCCUGUUAUAAGAAAAGGAGUCUCCUCUGAUUUGGAUUGCGAAAAUCAGCUCUCUGAACUGGAAAACCUUUUAGAUGCCAAGAUAUACACUGCGGUGGAUAGAGAAGAGAUAGAACUUUGUGUACCUGCUGCAAAAGAAGUGAACAGAUACUAUGAGCCGAGAACUGUUUGUUUCAAAGAUUUGAGUGAAGAAUUGGGAAUUUUGUGUUCCAAGUAUGAUGAGCUGAUAGCACAUUUGCAGACUAGACCAAACAACCAGUAUAAAGAUGCUGAUGAAAUAACAAAAGAAUCGCGGAAGCGUCUCUCUAAUUCUUUAGCAAAGAUCUGCUAUUGCCUUGAAGAUGCUGGUCUACUUUGUGCUAGUGAGGCCACUAAAAUCUGCAUUGAAAGGUGUCAGAGAAAAGGUUCACUUAAGGGAGGCUGUGAUACCACCGAUCAGCAAAGUGACGCAAAUGAAUCAGGCCUGUUUGCAGAAAAUUCAAUGCUUCAUAUGAAAUUUUUGGAGGAAGUGUUGCAUAUAAUUGACAAACUCCUCCAACAAGGUAUUGAUGCACUUCUAAACUCAGAGAGUGGAUGUGUGGAAGCCACAAAGGUGGGCUAUAUCUCACCAAAGCUCUAUGAACUCAUCCAAAUAUUUCUCUCUUUCAGUGACUUUGGUCGUGUCCGAUGCCUUAUAUUUGUGGAUCGGAAGAUUACUGCUAGAGUCAUUGAGCGGAUUAUGAAGAAAAUUGGUCACCUCUCAUAUUUCAGAGUCUCUUUUCUAACUGGAGGGAGUUCUUCAGUGGAUGCGCUGACCCCUAAAAUGCAGAAGGACACACUGGAUUCAUUCCGCUCUGGAAAGGUCAAUUUAUUAUUUACUACAGAUGUUGCAGAAGAGGGUAUCCACAUCCCAGACUGCUCUUGUGUAAUACGAUUUGAUUUGCCAAAGACUACCCGGAGUUAUGUGCAGUCACGUGGACGAGCCCGCCAGAAGGACUCUCAGUACAUACUCAUGAUUGAACGGGAAAAUGUGAAACAAAAUGAUUUAAUAUCUGCCAUUAUGAGAAGUAAGACUUUGAUGGUUGACAUUGCUUCAAACAGAGAGCCUGAGGAUCCACAUCCCAGUUUCUUUCCCACUGAAGAAAUAAAUGAAUACCAUAUCGCCACAACAGGAGCAAAACUAACUGCUGAUUCCAGCAUCAGUGUUCUCUACCAGUACUGUGAGAAACUUCCGAAGGACAAGUACUACACCCCAAGACCUACGUUUCAGUUCACCCAUUAUGGUGAUGGUUAUGAGUGUACAGUAACAUUACCAUCUAGUGCCGUGUUUCAACUUUCGGUGGGUCCUAAAGCAAGAAACAUGCAGAAAGCUAAGCAGCUUGUUUGCCUUGAUGCAUGUAAGAGGCUGCAUCAGCUGGGAGCACUUGAUGAUCACCUUUUGCCAUCCGUUGAAGAGCCACCACUGGAAAUUUUGAGCAAGGCUAGUAACUGCACAUCUGGUGCAGGUGUAGGUACAACCAAACGAAAAGAACUGCAUGGUACAACCAAGAUUCUUGCUAUCUCUGGCACUUGGGCAUCAAAUAGAAGUGUUACUAAGCUUCAAGGCUACAAGUUAAAUUUUGUUUGUGAUCAAGCUGGUCAGAAAUACUCCGACUUUGUCCUGUUAAUUGAUGCAAGUAUAGCAAAAGAAGCUGCUACUUUGGGUAUUGACCUAUAUUUGCAUGACAAGAUGGUAAAAGCUUCAGUUUCUCCUUGCGGACCUUUUGAGUUGGAUGUUCGUCAGACGGAACGAGCAAAGCUAUUUCAAGGGCUUCUCUUUAAUGGUUUGUUUGGAAAACUAUUCAUCGGAUCAAAAGCAACCAACACCCCAAGGGAGUUCAUUCUCAAGAAAGAUGAUACAUUCCUAUGGAACAAUGCAAACAUGUAUUUGCUUUUACCUGUGGAUCCUACUUUGGAUUCUCACAAAAGUGUUUGCAUUAACUGGAGUGUGAUUGAUGUAGCGGCUACAACUGUUGGACUUAUGAGAAACAUUUAUUCCGAAGACAAACGGAACCUAAUUCAAAUACUUAAUCCUGACAACAGUGGAGGAGAUCUUAUUCAUCUGGCUAACAAGUCAUGUAGGGUUGGUGACCUUACAAAUAUGGUAGUCCUAGCACUUCAUACAGGGAAGAUAUAUACCGCUCUUGAUGUUGCUGAUUUAUCUGCUAAUAGCACAUUUGACGGUGCAUCUGAGAAAGAAUCAAAAUUCCGGACAUUUGCAGAAUACUUUGAGAAGAAGUACAAUAUAGUUCUUCGUCAUCCCUCACAGCCAUUACUAGUGUUGAAACCCAGUCAUAAUCCUCACAACCUUCUUUCCUCAAAGUGCAUAGAUGAAGGCAAUGGUGUGGGAAAGAAAAAUAAUGGCGCAUCAUAUGUAAAUAGGGUGAAUAACCGUGUUCACAUGCCUCCAGAGUUACUAAUCCCCCUUGAUUUACCUGUGGAUAUUUUGAGAGCAUUCUAUUUGUUUCCAUCUUUGAUGUAUCGCAUUGAGUCACUGAUGCUAGCCAGCCAACUAAGAAAUGAAAUUGCAUACAUGGAUUCUGAUAUAUCAAGCUUCCUGAUUUUGGAAGCUCUUACAACACUUAGAUGCUGUGAGGACUUCUCCAUGGAGCGUUUAGAAUUACUGGGCGACUCUGUACUUAAGUAUACAGUGAGUUGCCAUCUUUUCCUGACGUUUCCUAAUAAGCAUGAAGGCCAGUUAUCGUCCAGAAGGCAAGAAACAAUAUGUAAUGCCACACUUUAUAGGCUUGGAAUUGAACGCAAGAUACAGGGUUACAUACGUGAUGCUGCAUUUGAUCCUCGUCGAUGGCUUGCACCCGGACAGCUGUCCAUCCGGCCCUGUAUUUGUGAAUGCCCAGUAAAUUCUGAGGUUGUAACUGAGGAUAAUGUGAUCAAUGGCAACCCUAUAGUUAUAGGCAAGGCGUGUGACAAGGGACACAGAUGGAUAUGUUCCAAAACCAUCUCUGAUUGUGUUGAGGCUAUAAUUGGGGCAUAUUAUGUGGGAGGGGGACUAAGAGCAGCUGUAGCUGUUCUCAAAUGGUUGCAGAUUGAGGUUGAAAUUGAGGAAGACUUGAUUAUGAAAGCCAUGUUGAGUGCUUCUGUGCGGACUUAUCUUCCGAAAGUUGAUGUAGUUGAAUUGCUUGAAGCAAAACUAGGCUAUGCUUUUUCGGUGAAAGGUCUCCUGAUAGAGGCUCUCACCCACCCGUCACAGCAAGAAUCAGGAGCAACGUACUGCUACCAGCGCUUGGAGUUCCUUGGCGAUGCAGUCUUGGAUAUCCUAUUAACGCGCCAUCUUUUCCUUAGUCAUAGAGACACCGAUGAGGGAGAGUUGACAGAUUUACGGUCUGCAUCAGUAAACAAUGAAAAUUUUGCACAAGUUGCAGUAAAGCACAAGUUCCACCACUUUCUCCAGCAUUCUUCUGGAGUCUUGCUAGACCAAAUUGCUGAAUAUGUGAAUACUCUGGAAGGUUCAUCCAAGGACAAAACCAGCCUUUUAUUCGAUGGACUAUUGAGGGGACCUAAAGUUCUAGGUGACAUUGUAGAAAGUAUUGCAGGUGCAAUUCUUAUAGACACCAAACUUGAUUUGGAUAUAGUUUGGGGGGUUUUCAAACCUCUUCUUUCCCCUAUUGUCACACCUGAGAGUCUGGAGUUACCUCCAUUUAGAGAACUUCUUGAGUGGUGCGCCAAAAAUGGGUAUUUUCUUGGAAUUAAGUGUGAAAAUCGAGGAGACAACAUAAUGGCUAUUCUUAAUCUACAACUCAAUGACGUACUUCUUGUGAGGCAAGGUCGUGGGAAGAAUAAAAUAGACGCAAAAGCACACGCAGCUUCCUUAUUACUAAAGGAUCUUGAGCUCAACAUCUGUUCUUGUUGGCAGGAAAGAAGACUUCUAAUCCCAAAGAAUCCUAGCAGAACGGAACAAAUUGAAAAGAAAUCUGGUAGUCCAAAACAUCGCAAUGACUUUCUUGAUGCAAUGGACACACAGAUUAUAACACCACCCAGGCAAAAGAAAUUGUCUGUGUCAAGGAUAGCUCCCAGCUCUGUUCUUGAUAAACCAUUGGUUGUGAAGGUUAAAAUGAGUAAAGGAGGACCUCGUAUAUCAUUAUACGAGUCAUGUAAAAAGCUACAAUGGCCAAUGCCUACGUUUGAAUAUUUGAAAGUUGAACCAAGCAGCGUGUGCCCCUCAUCUGGUGGUUCCUCACAAAAGGUUGCCCCCCAACGCUUCGCAUUCGCUUCGGUAAUAACAUUGCAUAUACCAAAUGGUGAUGUCAUCAGCCUCACUGGAGAUGACCGUGCGGAUAAGAAGAGCUCACAGGAUUCUGCUGCGCUGCUCAUGCUCUAUGAGCUGCAACGUCGUGGUAGAUUCCAAGUGCAGGAAGUAUGAACAGCCACCACAAAAUCGUGGUUUGAGAAAGGUGUAAUAUUACCAAUGAAUAUUCCAUUCGCUUAGGCAUCUUGGAAUCAUAGUAUCACCAAACUAGUUGCCCUUAGUGGUGCCCUCGCGAGUUUAGGAAAAUAAUGUAGCUGUGAGCUUCUGCCGUGUCCAUCUUGGUAGAUUCAGAUGUCAUCUGUACGAGACGAAGGCAUGAUAAGAGGCGACAUCUGCUUCCGUUGCCUGUCGUGAUGUAUGCACAUAUGUUGUCUGCAUCACUUGGUUUUCAGACUCGCAACUUUUGUGAGUUGAAAUUGUCGGGUAAUCCAAUGAUUUCCUUACAUGCUAA